CAGGCCAUACACAUGUGCACACACAACCCAGCCUUCGACCUCUGUUGUGUACAACCCUGAACAUGGCCGGCGUCACCCUCUACCUCUACACAGUCGAUGCCUUCACUGACGUCCCCUUCAAAGGCAACCCGGCUGCCGUCUGUCCCUUGCCGUCCCAAGUUAAUCUAGACGAUGAUAUCCUGCAGAAGAUCGCCAUGGAGAUGAACCUGUCUGAAACUGCAUUUAUCAAACUUUUAGACAAGUCGGAUAGUUUCAAGGAAAGUAAUACGUUUGGUUUGAGGUGGUUCACUACAAAAGAAGAAUUCAAAUUGUGCGGCCAUGCUACAUUGGCAUCAGCAGCUGUUUUGUUUGGAAAAUUGGACAACAAGCAGGAUCGUAUCGUGUUUAAGACUCUGAGUGGGGAUUUGAUUGUUAAACGUGAGGGGGAGUGGAUCCACAUGGAUUUCCCCGUUGGCGCCGCUGUGACAGAGGAUCAAAGUCAACAUGAGCAGUUAGUAGCGUCGUUAGGGGAUGUAUCGGGCGUGAGCGACAUCGUCUACUGCGAUUCCCUGCGUUAUUUACUUGUACGACUUCAUGACGGAUGGUCCAGAGAAGAAUUUGAGUCCUGGACGCCCGAUAUAUCGGCCAUGAAGAGAUCAACCGAUAGAGUGGUUCUUGUCAUUGUCACCACCAGAGGGCCUCCCGGUGAUGGUUACCAGAGUGACGGUGGCGCCUCCUACGAUUUUGUUUCCCGUUGUUUUGUACCUUGGGACGAUGUACCCGAAGACCCUGUCACCGGAUCUGCGCAGACAGUUCUUGCGCAUUACUGGGCACAACAGUUAGGAAAGAAUGAUUUCUUUACGAGGCAGUGUUCUGCACGCGGUGGGGAGAUCGUGGUCAAGCUGAGAGGUGACCGGGUGGAACUUCUGGGUAAAGCUGUCUUUGUCAUGGACGGAGUGAUGAAACUGUAGCCAUAGUAACCAGAAACAGCCGGACAUAACUACAAUUGUUCAGUGAUAUAAUGAAUACAUAUCCUGCUUUGUUGGGCUCAAUCCUUGCCAUUACAAAACAUGCGCCCAUUCUCAAUAAUACCUCAUCUGGUUCAUAUUUCAUGUUUGUGUUGCUGUGAAUACAAUCGUAUUUUUCACGAUCA